AUGGCCAUCGCCUUGACGAAGGGAUGCUGGCAGAUGGGUGGUGGCUUGGAAAUUGCAGCUUACUGCUGCAAGAUGUACCUGCAAGGGGAGGCUCCAGUGGUGUGUUUCAAUGGCGUCUUCACCUUUGAGGUUUGUUGUCAGGGGAAAGCGUCCCCAUUCGCGAAUUGGCCCCUGAGCUUCAUCAUCCUGGGUUUCCCUGGCUCUGGAACAACCAGCAUGGUCAGGGCAUUAGAAGCUUAUCCGAACGUGUCUGUUGUUCGGCGCGACAAGCGUGGGAGGCCGUGGAAGCGGACUGAGAUGCAGGCCUUGGGCAAGCUGAUAAAGUUUGGAGCAAGAUCUUCUGUACUCAAGUUUGGCUCGUUGAUGGCGCGAGGGCAAAGGACCUUCCGCAAACGUUUGAUGUCCGAUCCGACAGCGCUGUUGGAUGCGGACAAGACGUGGGCUAUGCUUCAAGUUCGACAAGCUCGAUUUCUGGUGAUGUUGCGGGACCCAGUGUCAUGGCUGGUGUCUCAAACUUGCCAAGUUCCUUGCGGGGAUGAUCACGAGCGAUGGGGAUUGUGCCAUCGCUUGCCACAUUGGGCCCGUGGCCCAGCUGGUGAACACAUGUUGCGCGCACCUUUAUUUGAAUGGCUUCGCGUUUGUAUACUUGUGAAAAGUUGGGAGAUGUGCACACGGUUGAGUGUGGCAUCACCUCUUUUUUCCAAAGCGCUGGGGAGACUGAUUGUUAUGCUUCCACGCCGAGACAGCUUGGCGGUAGUGAGUUUAGAAUCAUUGUUGGCCGAGCCCGUGGCCACCAUGCAUGCUUUGUCUUCCUUCUUACAUUUGAAGUCGCCUUGGCAACCUGCUUCACCAUUGUUUCCUGCUCAUAAUGUACAUGCUGCAAGCAGUCGGUGUCAACAGCACAUGCAUAACCAAUUGGAUCUGAGAGUCAACUUGUAUUUUCGACAAGAGCGUCGGUGGCUUGCUUCUGUAUUGAGGGUGUUCGCACCCAGCAAGUUGCCACUCCCAGCCGUGUGGCGGCAAUAUUUGCGACCAGCUCCGAACAUCUCGGAUGAGUUCCUGGAAGCCGUGAUGAGCCAGCCGAUGAAGGCAAGCGUGAUACAGACAUGA